AGGAGGAAGAAGGAGAUUGUGAUGGAGAAAGGGGAUCUGUAAAACGUCAGGCACGGCACAAAGGCUUUGCCACGUAAUUACAGGCUCCUAUUAAGUCGAGAUCUGCCCUCCCAGGGGUCUCCAAUUUUCUUGUAUUCCCUACAAAGCCUCCUCUGCAUGCCAGUUUGUGCCUUUUGAAGUGCCAGAGAGCUUCUUGAUCCAACUGAGAAGGAAAAAGGAGCUCAGCAAGAAGAGGGGGAGAGAGAGAAGGGAGAGGGGGGAACCCGCCACCACCCUCCUUUGGACUCUGGAAGCCCUAGUUUUUUUUAAUUUUUAAUUUUUUUUUUUUUUUUACUCCUUACGAAAAGUAAAGUGAGAAUCCUGCUCUCUAAUACAUCUGCAAGACAUCACCCUCUCCUCCUGAAACUUUAGUCACUCCUGAGAAUCCACAGGAGUGCAGAGAGGGGGGAACGCGUUUUCUUGAAGAUGUUUUAAAGCUGGAACAAGCCUUCUUCUGUUGGUGCUUGAACUCUUGCCUGGGAAUAACUUCUCUAACCUUAAAAAAAAAAAAAAACACUUUGAUUCUUCUCUCCCACCCUCUUCUCUCUUCUUCUGUUUGUCUAACUCCCCCGCCCUGCUGGCCUCCCCUUUCCUCUCUCUCCCUUAUUAUUAUUUUUAGUGUGCGCGUGCGGACGCUUUUGUAGAGUUAGAAGGGAUUUUUUUCUCCUGACUUGAACAUAAGGUGCCUUUUUAAUUUUUCUUUUUGGUGCGGAUUAUCUCUUUGGACCGCGCCGGACUUGGCCUCAGGAAAGCAACCCAGGCUGUGGAAGGCGGCUGGUGCAGAACGCUCUGCUCUGCACAAGGGGGUCCCCCCGCCCUCUUUUCCACUUUUUUUUUCUUGGCCUUCCUCUCUUUCCCUCCCUCUUUCUCUCUCUCUCUCUCUCCCUCUCUCCGACUCUCUCUCUCCACUCCCCCCUCUUUCUUCCCCACUCUGCUUCUCUCCCCCCUCGCGCCACAGCGUUUGGUGUUGAUUCGAGCGGGAAGAGGGGGGUGGGUGGGAUAGGAGGGGGAGACCAUGACCUCCAGCUACGGGCACGUUCUGGAGCGGCAACCGGCGCUGGGCGGCCGCUUGGACAGCCCGGGCAACCUCGACACCCUGCAGGCGAAAAAGAACUUCUCCGUCAGUCACCUGCUAGACCUGGAGGAAGCCGGGGACAUGGUGGCGGCACAGGCGGACGAGAGCGUAGGCGAGGCGGGCCGGAGCCUGCUGGAGUCGCCGGGACUCACUAGCGGCAGUGACACCCCGCAGCAGGACAAUGAUCAGCUGAACUCAGAGGAAAAGAAGAAGAGAAAGCAGCGGAGGAACAGGACAACCUUCAAUAGCAGCCAGCUGCAGGCUUUGGAGCGUGUUUUUGAGAGGACACACUACCCCGAUGCUUUUGUGAGAGAAGACCUUGCCCGCCGGGUGAACCUCACGGAGGCCAGAGUGCAGGUGUGGUUUCAGAACCGCAGAGCCAAGUUCCGCAGGAAUGAGAGAGCCAUGCUGGCCAAUAAAAACGCUUCCCUUCUCAAGUCCUACUCAGGAGACGUGACUGCUGUGGAGCAGCCCAUUGUCCCUCGUCCCGCUCCAAGACCCACCGAUUAUCUCUCCUGGGGGACAGCCUCUCCGUACAGCGCCAUGGCCACUUACUCUGCCACAUGUGCCAACAAUAGCCCUGCACAGGGCAUCAGCAUGGCCAACAGCAUUGCCAACCUGAGACUGAAAGCCAAGGAGUAUAGUUUACAGAGGAACCAGGUGCCAACAGUCAACUGAGGAAAAACAAUUAUUAAACAGGCCUGAGAAGAAAUCAAAAACCAUAAGACACCUAUCCUGCUCUGUCAUUUCUUCAUCUGCUGGGGAAAAAAAAAAAAAAAAGCAAAAAGCAAACAAAAACAAAAGCCAGAACUAAAAUAUUGGGACCAUGGCAGAGAAAAGCAGGAGAGGAGCAAUAUGAAAAUUAGUUAACAAAUGUUCCUCCUCCCUCUGGAAUACCACCACCACUUGUUUCUGUGUGUGUUUAUUUUGUUUUUCUUUCUAUUCAUGCUUUGCUUAAUAUACUCCAAGCUUCUUCAGCUAGGUUCAGCCCACCCACCCCCAUGAUUGUAUGAGGUUUUAAAAAAACUACAGCAGCCAAAGAAACUAUAUUAUAUAUAUAUAUAUAUCUAUCUCCAGAAUUAUUUCCCCUAGUCUCCUCCUCAACCUGUUUGAACCCCCGUGCCUUAACCUGUCCUCAUCCCAGUUGUUUCUCUAGAAGCUCUAGGAGCUUUUGAAAAGCCAAAGUCUUUCUGAAGAAUCUGUGCCAGCCAGACAUGAUUCCCUCUCUGUUGGUAAUGGUAAGGCUUUUCCAUCAGCUACUGGAAAAAAAGAAUAUAUACAAUGUCUGGUCACUGGCCUGUGUCUGGCUAAGUCUGAGCUCUAAACUCUAGAACGAAGCUCUAGAUUAAAUCUCUAAUCUAUAGAUUAUAGUAUCCCCAGUGCCAUCAUCCCUCACCUCACCCCAUCAGAUACCUUAAAUUAAAUGAUAUUUGUUCUCUUUGAAUUAUUUGGUGUCACAGGAUACUUGAUUGAAGAAAUAUUUUUCACCCGUGAAAGGGGAGCAACAUCUCUCUAGAAACACAAAGGCUGAGUUGUAGAAGGUGCGUCCACAAACCUUUGGUGCCUGAGGAUAGUCAGAUGCACACAUAUAUGUAUACUUUAUAUAUUUAUAUAUUAUAUAUAUAAAAAUACUGCAAGCUUGAGUUUGCAACUUCAAACACUACAAAAAGCAAAUUUCACACCAUUGCCCCUGUUCUUAUCUCUGGUGAUGGGACUUAUUAAUUAGGGAUCUUGCUUUUUCUUUUUCUUUGUAAAAUUCUCGUUAAAGCCACAGAGAAAUUGUUAGGGCAGCUGCUUGAGAAAAGUCUAAUUUUCACAUCCGAGCUUUACAUGAAUUAGAAACUAUUUGAAGCUAAUAACAGUGUCCUUGAGUUUGGUACCCAAGCUAUGGUGGGAUGCUGAGAUAGCUGAUCCAUCACAGGAAUUUCACUUAGAAGGGGGGAGACCAUUCAAUCAUGUGUUCUCUCUCCACUCAACAGGAGUCUGAAACACAUAUGUUUAAGUGGAAUACUUAAAGGUUUGUCCAAAUUCCUAAAUUUAAAAGGUAAUGGGGGGCUAGUUUCAUAUUUUAACAUUUUGAAAUAAAUUUAGUGCUUAGGCUGGGAGCCAGGACUGAUCUUGCUUUGUUUCCUUCUCUUUGUUCCCAGCCAUGCUUUUGUACCUUGCCAGGUGGACUUGACCAAACCAUGUUACCAUUCUGUGCCUCAGUUUACCCAUUUGCAAAAUGGGGUUAACAAUACUUACCUACCUCACAGGGGUGUUGUGAGGCUCUAUUCAUUUGCUCCUUCAUUCUUUCUUAUAUUCUCAGUAUGUCCAGCACUUUUUAACCAUGGGAGGAAAAGGGACUAUUCAAGUGGACAAUGUUAAUGGAAUGAUAUGGUACCUGGAAGCCUUGUUUUCCAGUAAGGAAAUGCUACCUUGCUGUACAUACUUAUAACCUUAUAUUUGGAAAUAAGAUAUAGGUUUAUAUUUUUAGAUCUCUCAAAACUCACAUCAUUUGACCAAAGAAUAAUUUAAGAAACACAGAACAGACAUAUUUUUAACUUAUGUUCUCAACCUGACCAGCUUGGUUCUCAUAAUUUUUAGUUAUGAAUGAUUGAGAAGGUUUAGAUUGAAUUUGGCCAAAUAUGUAAACUGUAUACUGUUAGUGACAGGCAAACUUUAGGUUUAAGAUGCACUUUUAAUACACACUUGUACUUCCCUUGGCCUAUCAGAUUGAGCUAAUGGUGAUAUUAUUUUAGUCUAACAGCCACCAGUCUGAAAAUGUAUUUUAAAUAUUAGUUCUGUACUUCUUUCAAUAAUAGGAAGGAAGCCCAUUCUUAAGCAUUUUGCUUACACCAACUGAUCCCCUUUUCUUUUAACCCACUAUUAAAAUGUUUCUUAGUGAAUUGUUCCUGUAGGCUGGCCAAACAUCACACAUUUCUUGCUUCCUAAAGAGUCCCUUUGUGCAUUCUUUUGUCCCACUAGUUGCUGUGGAUGAUCAAGUUCUGAGGGAACAGUAUAUCUUAACAGACUGAAACGUUCUUCAAUUUGUGAAGUGAGUGAAAUCCAAGAAAUUGGUGAACAUUAGAGAUUUGAGUUUGGAGUUUGGGGAGAAUGGCUAAAAGAGGAUUUGAGUUAUAGGCAGGGGACAGAAAUUACAUACACAAAGAUUUUAUCAAGAUGGGGGAACUCUCAGAAGAGUGAGCAGAGAGACAGAGACAUAGGUAAAACAAACCUAUACGAAAUUUUCAUGCAGAUAUCCAUUUCCAGUGGUGAACAGAAAAGCCCGAACUCGUAAAGUGAGUGGUAGAUAAAUCUGUGUGAUUUAAUCCAACUGCCCGGCCAAGUGAUGUCUGGGAAUCUCACAGAGUAACCACUGCUGGUCAGCCAAGGAAACAUUCAUUGCUGGUGAACCAACACUUUAAGUAUCUAUUAUCUAAGCACUUGAUCAAGAAGUAUACAUGUAGUAUAAGCACUCAGUUUUGUUCAUUUAUUAUUGAUUUAAAAAAUAUGUAUAGAAAUUUGAUAUGUGAUUUGAAGGAGUAGAAUGGCUCUUAAGCCAGUUGUCAGCAAAGGGCCUCAGGGCCGCAAACUUCAAGACAUACCUCUGUUCCUCACCAUCAUCAUCCCCAGGUACAGAUGAAUGCUUGUGAACUGUCUGUGUCCUCAUUUUCUCCCUAAAUAAGAUGCUGACUUGUAGGGUACUUGGCAGGUUAAAUUAAACCAGAAGAGGUGACUUAAUAAAAAAGGGAAUGACAUUUAGGGUAUAAAGAUCUCAUAAGAAGUCUAAUAUGUAAAUUAUAUCUUGCUUUAUGAUGUAAAAUAUACAUGUUUGCGCUAGAAUAGAAAUGAUUCCUUUUCAAUAAAAAGAAAGAAGGA